AAGUGUUCACGAUUAAGAAACGCAUAAGAACUCUAAAUUUUUUGUCAAAUAAAGGUCGAAAUUGUAUGAUUUAUUUCCAAAAGAGAAAAUUUCAUGAAUGAUCUUACGAAGGAAAAUUUUCAUACGUUAAAUUCUGCGAGCAAAAUGUCACUGUUAUGGGGAAUUCGAUCAUGAAUCUUUCCUGAUCAGGCAAGCAAGCCGCCAUUAAUCUCCUAUCGCAAGCAAAAUGAAGAAAUAAAUUGUUUGCUCAUGUCCAUUUUCGUUUCAGGCUGCAAAGAGAAUUUUUUUUGCCUGUAGAUUAGUAUAUUUCCAUUUAUAUCAAAAUGGUCUCUGAAGAGUACAUCGAGCUUCCCCUCAGUCCAUGCUUGGAUAAUGGAGGAGGAAACAAUACAGAGGAGGUUUCAAUGGUACAGGAAAUCAACAAAGAAAAUUGCAAGAUGGGAGGGGAAGAAGAUAAUGGUCUAAAUGAAGAUGGAAGCAAAGAUGCUCUAGACGGGGAAGAAACUGAUAAAGAUAGAAUAGAGGGUAACUGUAUUUUGAAAGAUGACAACCAAGGAAGAGGAAAUGAGAUGCAGCAGGAUUUAAACCUCCAUCUUAAAUCUUCAUCAAUAUUUGCAGCAGAUGAAUAUGAACUAUCACAAAUGAAAUCUGACUCACUGAGAGAGGAUGGAAGUGCAUUAGUUGGGGAAAGUGAGGCAAUAAUUUUUGAUACAACUUCUAGAUCAGGUGUUAAGCGUGCCCGGGUGUCAUAUAUUGAUGAUCAACCUUCUGUUCAUGUCAUAUACAACUAUCUACCAAGAGAAAGCAAGAAGAAGCUAGCUGAGCUGCUGCAAAAUUGGUCUGAGUGGCACUCUCAGUAUUUUGCAAAUGCCAAGAAUUCAAUUGAAGAAUCCCUGGAAUGUGGUGAUGAAAUUUACUUUCCAGCAUUGCAAGUUGGUGGGGGCAAUACAUCAAUGACAUAUUGGAUGGACAAACCAACAAAACAAAAUUUGAAGGAAGGAACAAAGGAUCAACUGUCUCAAGAAAAGGAAGAGGGUGUUCCAUAUUAUGAUCGUGCAUGUACACUGCCCUUGACAAUUCAGAAUGGGAUUAUGGAUCCAGAAUGCAUCGAGGAACUUCCAGCAGAAGCUUCUAGAUGCUUUAACUGUGGGUCUUAUAGUCAUGGAUUGAAGGAUUGUUCAAAACCUCGAGAUAAUACUGCCAUAACUAAUGCCCGCAAUGAACAUAAGUCAAAACGAGCACAAGCUUCUGGUCCGCGAUGCCCGCAAAGAUACUAUCAGAAUUCUCCAGGAGGUAAAUUCGAGGGAAUAAAGCCUGGAAUGCUUGGAAGUGAGACUAGACAAUCCUUGGGUAUUGGGGAAUUGGACCCACCUCCGUGGCUUAAUAGGAUGCGUGAACUUGGUUACCCUCCUGGAUACCUUGAUUCAGAUAACCCAGACGAGCCUUCAGGAAUUGUUAUCUAUGCUGAUGAUGAAAAUAUGGAACUGGAGGAGGAGGGUGAAUUCAUUGAAAGUGAUUUUUCAAAGCCCUCAGAAAUAAAAAGGAUGACAGUUCCAUUUCCAGGCAUAAAUGCUCCAAUACCUGAAAAUGCAGAUGAACGACUCUGGAGUGGUUCUAAUCUAGCUUCAGAUGAUCCCAACAUGGAUCGAAAAGCCGAUGGUGGGCACAUCUUCAGUUCACCUGGUUCUUCGUCUAUGCCUGGAAGAGGAAGUCGCUUUAAUCAAGCAAGGUCUAGGGACUACAACAGUUUACCAGAUGAACCUCCAGGGACUGAACGUGUCGGAAAUAAUGCUUCUGGAAAUGAUUUUAUAUUGCGAGGAAGAGGACCAAAUAGUACUCCAAGUCCAAAUUACUCAAGUGAAUCUCAACAGUCUAAAAUGAGAUAUCCUAGUCUAACUAGAUCUGCUUCUGACAGUGGACGGAGAACCCCCCAUGUUUUGGACAAUUCAAGGAGUAUGCACAUACAAGGUAUGAGUCCAAGAUAUAGUGAGCAUGGUAGGAGCCCUUAUGGACAGUAUUCUCCUCAUAGUCCAGUACAAUAUUCUUCUUCAAGUCCUGGCAGGUAUUCUUCUCAGGUUUAUAGCCCAGGUAACACAGAUUAUGUGCCUUCAGAGAGAAGGCAUGGAUUGACUGAUAGUUAUUCUUCACAGAAGAAAGAGAGGUCUGAUGGUAGCCGUUACCAUAGGCGGUGAAUUUAAGUUUUGGUCAAUUUUUGGUGAUGGUUCUCUGGGAUUUUAUUAUAUGCUGUAUGUUGACACUCUGUAACAUGUAUUUGCAAAAUCAAUUUUUCACACUGGAAAGCAAGUUGAUGUAUCUUUUUUAUCAGCGACACAUUUUAGCACUUUAAUUAUUCUCUCUGAUUUUA